UCCAUUCAGCCUCCUUGCCUACCAGCCGGCUGCUGCUAAUGAGCCUUUGUGUGGCAGGAAGAGCAACACUAUGACAAAGAGGGAGCUAAAGUGCGAAAGAUUGUCUUAUUGCAGCUUGUAAUAAAGCAUACAGUAUCGACAGGCUCAUCUCUUAGUCUGCCCCCCCAUCCUUUUUUUUUUUUUUUUAAACCUCAUGCUCAUGGACCUCUGGGGCUGCUGCAAGUCAGUGGACUGAGACAAAAUGGGAAGCUCUUCAUCCAUCAUGUGUGAAUUGCCGCAUUAAUGAUUGUGUAGCCGUCCUGCUGAGAGAAGAGGUGAAAGGAGUCUGAGUACGUCAGCAGAUGCAGGUGCAGAUGUGUCAGGCCAUGAGCGGAAUACUGAAGAGGAAAUUCGAGGAGGUGGAAGCCUCCUCCUCCCCGUGCUCUUCCUUGAGGGAGUCUGAUGAUGAGGUAUCCUGCAGUGAGAGCGGGGACAGCAGCGACAGCGUCAACCCGUCCGCCUCUGGCCCUUUCACCCCUGGCUCCAUCCUGAAGAGAGAGAAGCGCCUGUGCACGAGGAGGGUGCACUUUGAAAAGGUGACAGUAUACUACUUCAGCAGGAGGCAGGGCUUCACCAGCGUGCCCAGCCAGGGCGGCAGCACGCUGGGCAUGUCCAACAGGCACAGCUGGGUCAGGCAGUAUUCUCUUGGAGAGUUUGCCAUGGAACAGGAGAGGAUACACAGGGACAUGUUGAGGGACCAUCUGAAGGAGGAGAAACUCAACUCCAUCAAACUCAAGCUGACCAAGAAUGGAACCGUCGAGUCCGAAGAGGCCAACACUCUCACGGCUGAAGAUAUUUCUGACGACGACAUCGACCUGGACAACACAGAGGUGGACGAAUACUUCUUCCUGCAGCCGCUUACCACUAAAAAACGGCGGGCCCUGCUUCGUACAUCUGGGGUUAAGAAGAUUGACGUAGAAGAGAAGCACGAACUUCGUGCUAUCCGAAUGUCCAGAGAGGACUGCGGGUGCGACUGCAGAGUCUUUUGUGAGCCGGAGACCUGCGCCUGCAGCAAUGCGGGCAUCAAGUGCCAGGUGGACCGCAUGUCAUUUCCAUGCGGAUGCACAAAAGAAGGCUGCAGCAAUUCGAGCGGCAGAGUGGAGUUCAACCCCAUUCGCGUACGGACCCAUUUCCUGCACACUAUAAUGAAGCUGGAGCUAGAGAAGAGUCGCGAGCAGGAGCAAGCUUCCCCCACCAAUGGUUACCACGGCAACGACGCAGUCAGCUCAAAUCCUCUGGUUCAGUCGCAGCACAGGUUGGACUACACUUUGCCUGAAACCGUUCCGCAAAGCGCCGCCGCACACCUGCAGACGGCCAGCGAGAUGGACGAGCCGCUGGAGGACGAAGAAGAGGAAGACGACGACGAGGACGACGAGGAGGAGGAAGAAGACAAUGAAGACGAGGAGGACAGCAGCAGCAUUUUCAGCGGGCUUUCAGACUCCAGCACUCAGAGUUUAGCGAACAGCGAUUCAGAGGAGGACGAAGAUGAAGACAGGUCAGAGAACUCGUGUCACACCGAGGUGGUGCCCUUGGCUUCGGUCUUGUGCUAUGGCGACGACGACAACCACGUCAACGGGAAUGCGUAUUUAAUGAACUCCCCCUCGGCCGAUUACUACCAGCUCGGGAAUUCUGGUGGUCCCACCGGCCAAUCUGGCGAACCCUAUGGGGAAGCCUUAGCGUUCCAAGAACCGAUCGGUGGCAACCAAACCCAGGGAGCCUUCCCAAAUCAGCCGGCGGAGCAAUACUCGAGGAAUUUUCAUUUGGGCGGGAACGCGCAGCAGGCGCCUUUCAGCCACUACGACAACGACAAGCAGCUGCUGUCCAAAACGGACUUUGUAGAUCCACCUGAGAACCAGUUUCACAACUACCUGAAUAAUAACUCCCUGGCUUCAUUCAGCACUCAUGGUUCAUGUACAACGGGCGAGCCGCCGCAGCAGUCCAAUAUUAACGGGCACCCCGACCUGAACUUACUCGCAACCAGUACCAAGAAUCUCUCUUUACCAGCCGUGUAGACAUAGCUGCAUUUAAAUCUUGAUUUGUUUGGAAAAGGUUGAGCCGAGGCGAAGGAAUUUGAAUGGUUUCUUAAAAAUGUUUUUCAAUUUUAAAAGGCUUCCAACGCGUUUUAGAGGUUGUUGCAGUGUAUUGCUAUGUAGUGAGGAGAAAUCUUAUAAUGGAGAAACCAAGCAGCCUUUUAACAGGUGCAUGGCGUAACAUGGGCAAGCGUUUGUGUUCACACUCAGCGCUUCAUUUGUAUUUGUAUCAAAUUUUCAAUAUUUUUGUUGAGGGGAAAACCUAAGGACAAUAACUCCAAAAGAAGAGAGCAUCCAAAUGUCAUUAGGGUGGCAAUUGACUAACUGGUGAAACGACCUGCACUUUUACAGCAGAUAAGAGGUAUCACAUAACUAAACAUCAUGUUUUUGUGAGAGACAAAGAAAUGAGAGGACAAAUUUGGUCUGAAUCAGUAAAAUAGUGAAAAUAAGAGGAACUGAGUAUUUACAGCAGGAGUAUCCAACUCUGGUCCUCGAGAGCUCCUAUCCAGCUUGUUUUCCAUGUCUCCCUCCUCCAACACACCUGACUCAAACAAUGAGGACCGUUAUCAGGCUCCUGCAGUUUGCUGAUUAGCUGAUCAUUUGAUUCAGGUGUGUUGAAAGAGGGAGACAUGGAAAACAAGCUGGAUAGGGGCUCACAAGGACUGGAGCUGGAUACCCCAGAUUUACACUGUGCUUUUCUAAAAAUUUUAAUUUAGUCUACUGUGAUUGUGUUAAAUCUUCUGGAACACUAUUUUGAGGAUGACUUUCAGAUUCAGCAUUGUGAGGACUGGUGGUUUGAAAGAGGUAAAAGAAACCUAGGUCAAACUUUAGGGGGGGAAAAAAUCUCAAAACAGAGGAGUUUUACAUUGAAUUUAUGGAUCACAUGCUAAACUGGAACACACAAGAGGGAGCACAUACUUUUCUGCCUAAUACUUCAGCAUUCAUUUAGAGUUACUGCAGUUUUCAAAUGUCAAAAUAGCUUAACUGCAGCUCCUAUUAGUACUUCUAACACUUAACUCCAUUACAGUUAAUACUGUAUAAACAGUGUUGUUAAUCUUACUUUAAAAAAAGUAGUUACAAAUUACUUCUCCCAAAAAGUGAUUGACUUAGUAACUCAGUUACCCAAUUCUAAGAAUAUAGUGGUACCUCUACAUACGAAGCUGUUUCGUUCCAGGACCUUGUUUGUAAGUCGAAAUGGUCGUAUGUCGAGCAGGAUUUCCUCAUAAGAAAACAUUAUAAUUCCAUUAAUUCGUUACACAGCCCGAAAACCGACACUAAAUCCUUAAUACUGCCGGUACAACUACAAAUGGCAAAACAAAUAAUUGCAAAUAAAAAUCUGAAUAAAUAAUACAGUAUAAUAAUCAUAAUUCCUGUAAUAUGUAACGAAUCGGGUUCUAAUGAGGCGGUUGUGUUUUGCGUACUGUAUAUGAACACACAGUGUGGCUGACGUAAAAGUGAAAUACCGUAAUUCCUCAAAUAUAAGGCACACCCGUGUAUAAUGCGCACCCCAAAUUUACUUGUAAAAUCUAGGGAAAAUUAUUGUACCCGUUUAUAAUGCGCACCCUAAUUUUAGCACCAAUAAAUAGAACAAUACAAGAAAACAGAGCUCGUGUACAAAUACAGAAAUGUCAUUUUACUGAAUGGUGAAACACAGCACAAGCAUAGCAUAUUGGUAGUUCAAAACAUUACCAUAAACUGACAAUAUUUACGGUAAUAAUAUGAUUAGAAAACUUCUCCAACUUACCAGAACCUAGGAGAAAACAAAACAGAUGUGACUUUUUUAAAAAGCUGCUGUAUAACUUGCUCGUUUCAUCAUGAUGAAUAAAUGUUUCUUCCAUGGAUUGAUACGGUAAAAUGAAAGUGAGCACGUAAGUCUGAAAUCCGAAAGAGCUCAUCGCUGUCAACAAUAGGAACUACUGUUAUUUGGGUUUGAGUUUCCCGUGGGACAGAUAUAGUUGACGGACACAGGAAGUCUGUGUUGUUACGUUUGUUAUGGCCCGAGUUGCGGAACUGCAAUAAACGGUGACUCAAAUGAGUUCAAGAAACUAAAUUCUGUGCUUUAUGAAGAGUGAAAAAAGAAUUUAACACAGACGAAAUCAUUCGGCCGAUCAGAGUGAAGUAUUACCGAAACAAAGUGGCGACGUCACCUACCGUAAUGGUCGGCAACGGAUCGCCGCAUACGUUUCUUCAACACAACGUGGCCGUGUCAAUAAAAAAAAAGAAAAAAAAAAAAAAAAAACUUUAUAUAUUAGGGCUGUCAAAAUUAUUGCGUUAACGGGCGUUAAUUUUUUUAAUUAAUCACGUUAAAAUAUUUGACGCAUUUAACGCACAUGGCCCAGCUCAGAUUUAAAUGACAGUAGAGUGAAAGGCCCACUUGUUAAUUGUGUUUUGCGGAGUUUUGCUGCCUUCUGCUGGCGCUUGGGUGCGACUGAUUUUAUAGUGUAAGUAAUUAUUGCCAUCAACAAUGGCGGGCUACUAGUUUAUUUUUGAUUGAAAAUUUUACAAAUUUUAUUAAAACGAAAACAUUAAGAGGGGUUUUAAUAUAAAAUUUCUAUAACUUGUACUGACAUUUUUCAUAAAGAACUUCAAGUCUUUCUAUCCAUGAAUCAUUUUAACAGAAUGUUAAUAAUGUUAAUGUCAUCUUGUUGAUUUAUUGUUAUAAUAAACAAAUACAGUCC